AUGUCGACAAAUACACCAGUUAUUAACAAACAAAGAAUAGAUUCCGUUGUUGAAAUCGAUCCUACUGAAAAUUAUGAUCUACCAUCGAAAAAAACUUUUGUAUUAACAGAUGAACAAUUGGAAUUCAUGUUAGGACGAAUAAUUAAAUUACAUAAUACACCUUCGUCUUCUCCUUCUCCUCCAAAUUCUUCAAAUGCAAUUGGAAAUCCUGGUCCACUUGGUCUUGCUGCAUUUGCAUUAACAACAUUUAUGCUUUCAGUAUUUAAUGCUGGUUCAAAUUUAAUUGAUCCUCAUUUAGAAGCAGUUGUUUUGCCAGUAGCAUUAUUUUAUGGUGGUGCAGCACAAUUUGCUGCUGGAAUGUGGGAAUAUCGUGUUAAUAAUACAUUCGGUGGAACAACAUUCACAAGUUAUGGAGCUUUUUGGAUGUCAUUUGCAGCUUAUGUUUAUUUGAUUGUACCAAAAAUUGAAGCAGUGAAUAAAACAAAAAAAGCUACAGGACUUUUUCUUUUAUCAUGGUUUAUUUUUACUAUUUAUAUGAAUGUUGCUGCUUGGAGAGUUUCAAAAGUAAUAUUUUCUAUAUUUACUAUACUUAAUUUAACAUUUUUAUUUUUGAUUAUUGGUACUCUUGGUAAUGUACCUGUUAUAACAAAUAUUGGAGGAUGGUUCGGAAUAGUUACUGCAUUUUUAGCAUGGUAUGCUUCUGCUGCUGCUAUUAUUAAUACAACUUAUAAAAAAUCAAUAUUACCUGUUGGACCUUACAAACCAAAAGAAAAAUCAUCUUCGAUUAUUAUUACUCAUUUUUAA